AUGUCUAUAUGGUCAUUACUAUUUAAAUAUCAUCACAGCCGUCAAUUGAAAAAGGAAGAGUUGAAGCGUGAACAACAAAGACAGAGACAGCUAGAAGAGUUGGAAGAACAACAGGCAGAGAAUGAACGUUACAGAUUAGCUGACCCACGGUCACCUUCUGACAACAUUGCUAGAAGUCCAACACUCAAAAACAUACUACACAAACAACACCUAGAGAAGCAGAGAAUGAUGCUCAUCGAUCCUAGAUCGCCUGCUCGUCAAGUACCUCGUACUCCACUUAGAUCUCAUCGUCAACAACAACAACACCAAAUAGAAUUGGAUAAUGUUACUCUUCAAUUGGAUCCAAGAUCACCAUCAAUCUCUAGAACUCCAAUGCGUCCAAAUAAUAACAAUAAUAUUAGUAAUGAUCCAAGAUCUCCAUCUAUAAAUAUAUCAAGAUCUCCUAUACCAUUUAGAUUGUUUGGUAAUAAUGACAAUAGUACUAUGGUAUUGGAUCCAAGAUCACCUAACAUGUCAAUUAAUCGAACUCCAUUGAGACCAUCUACCACCACGCCAACACAACAAACAUUUUCAAAGGUUGAAUUAUUCGAUCCACGUUCUCCAAUGAGACAUCGUAAAAGAAGUCCAUUUAGAAUGCACUCUCAAGUUCAAGAACGUACCAUUGUUACUAUUGACCCAAGAUCACCAGCUCAAAUACAUCGUACUCCACUCCCAGUCAGAAUUCAAGUCAACAAGACCCCUGUCGUUAUCGCUGCAGACCAGGAACUCCUUUCUUUUGAAGAAGACUUGCAUUUACCAGCUUCAAAUUUAUUAAAUGCAUUUUCAAUGGCUGCCAAUGAAACUAUCAACAACAACAACAAUAAUAAUAUUAAUAAUACAAUUGAAUCAACUCCAAAGAAGAUUCAAGAAGAGGAAAAGGAGGUUAUUUCAACAACACCAAUUAUUUUAACCAAUACACCAACAACAACAACUACGACAUUUGUAAUUCCAACAACAAUGACACCAACAAAGAAUAAUAAUAAUAGUAUUUCGAAAUCAUCAGAGAAUGCAUUUACAACACCAAUUAAAAAGAAUCAACUUGUUGGAUUGGUUUCAUCUAGUGCCAUCAUGUCUGGUUCGUCACCAUCGACAAAGAAGCCAGCCAAUAUGAUGUUACUUCAACAACUCAAAAAUAGUGAGGCAUUCCGUUCAUCGCCAGUGCUCAGUAACUCUCCAAACAAUAAGAGAUUAUCAGUCUUGCAAGAUAUCUCACUGCCCAGUGGUGGUGCAGGUGGAAAUGUAUCAACAUCACCAAAGAGAACACCAACCACUUCUGCCAGAUCAUCACCAGUCAAUAGUAGAAGAAUGUCAACCAAUCCAAAACAUAUUGAUAUUCAUGAUGAAAAUAAUCCAAAUGUUAUCAAUAAUACAGGUGGUCUAAAGGGUAGUGGAGGAAUGACCAAACCACUUACACCAAAGGUUACUCCAAGACCAUUCAUCAAACAAAUGUCAUCCAUUACAUUGGGUGGUAGUAAUAGUACUACCCCCAAUUCACCAUUUUCAACAUUUACUCCAACUAUCAUUAAUUAA